AUGGAAAGAUUCACAACUAACUCGUUGAUGCCUCAAGUAAUUGACCCUAAGCAAUUCGCACUUCCAAACAAAUCAACUACCCAUGCCCUAGUGUACCUUCUCCAUCAAAUUCUUGCUGCCUUAGACAGUGGUCAUAACUCCAUCAGAUUGUUUUUCGCCGAUUUCAGGAAGGGCUUUGAUUUAGUGGACCAUAGCGUUAUUAUAAACGAACUUGGAAAUCUUAAUGUCCACCCUGUCCUUACUCGCUGGAUUAAAGCGUUCUUGACCAACCGUCAACAAUGUGUCAAAGUGGAUUGCCAUGAAUCCUCAUGGAAAACCACCAACGGAGGUUUACCCCAGGGAACAUGUCUGGGCCCUCCUCUAUUUGCUAUCUUGGUUAACCCAUUAUUAAAGGACUGGAAUGGUCGCCUAAAAUUUGUCGAUGAUACAACAGCACUGGAAGUAAUCCCAAGGUGCUCUCCUAGUCUAUUGCCUUUAGUUGUUCAAGAAAUCUCCAACUUCUCAUCCGCUCGUGGAAUGGAGCUUAACCCCCAAAAAUGCAAAGAAAUUAUUAUAAAUUUCCUUCAAUACCGAAUUCCCUGUGAUCAAACAAUGUUUAUUAAUAGACAAUGCGUUGAAAGAGUACACAGCUUUAAGAUCUUGGUAAACUAGAUUUAUUGCUAUGUAACUGUGCUGAAGUUAUUGACAACGUAACCACUAUCUUGCCUGCAGACUUUCCCAUCCGAUCAUUAUAUCGUAGAGUUUGAAAUUAGACUAAAGUUUAGACGUGCUAAACCUGUGAGACGCAAAGUCUUCAAUUAUAAUCAAGCAGAUCUUGUCGGCCUUCGAAGCUCCCUAUCCCGUGCGCCAUUUUACCAAAUUACCUCUUACGACAACAUUGAUGACCGCUGGUCUCGGUGGAAAGAUUUAUUUAUGACGGCAGUGAAUGAACACAUCCCUACCAAUUGA